AUGUGGUUCUCGGUUUCUGGCUGGCUGCAGUCCCUUCGGCGCGACGCGCUCCGCUCUCCGUCUCCGCGGGAGCUGCGGGGCCCUUGCCCGGCAGGCCCUGGCGCGCCACACCCCGCCGCCGUCGCCGUCGCCCUCCUCCGGCCCCCGGCCAGUGGCCGGCGCCUUUCCGAGAGGGCGGGGCCCAGGAGGGAGGCCCGGGCGAGGGGGCGGGGUCUCCCCCGGGCGCGGGCCGGGCCCGUCCCCCUGGGCCAGAAGCCGUCCCGCGCCCGCCGCGCCGCGAUGUGGGUGAGCGCGCUCCGCUCGGCGGGCGGCCCUCGCCUGCAGCUGCCCUGCCUGGCCAAGCUGGAGCGGGCGGUGGUGGCCAUGCAGGACCCGGACAUGGGCGUCGAGCUGCGCAACCAGCGCCUCCUCUUCACCGCCAUCCCGCACGCCAUGACCGGGCGCGCCGUGGUGGAGUGGCUGGCCCAGCAGUACGGCAUCGGCGAGGAGGAGGCGCUGCACGUGGGCCAGCUGCUGGUGCGCCACGGCUACAUCUACCCGCUGAAGGCCCCCCGCAGCCUGCUCCUGCGCGCCGACGAGACGCCCUACCGCUUCCAGACGCCCUAUUUCUGGAUGAGCACCAAGUGGCCGGCCACCCAGCUGGACUACGCCGUCUACCUGGCCAAGAAGAACAUCCGCAAGCAGGGAGACCUGGUCGAGCACGAGAAGGGCGACUACAGCCAGCUGCACAAGCGGAUCAACCACGCCUGGGACUUCGUGGUCAUGCAGGCCCGAGAGCAGCUGCGAGCUGCCAAGCAGCGGCGGAGAGGGGACCGCAUCGUGCUGGAGUGCCAGGAGCAGGCCUACUGGCUGGUCAACCGGCCCCUGCCGGCCGGCCGGCCGGGGCGCGGGUGGGUCCCUGACGGCCUCUGCUGUGCUCUGCUGCAGCCCGGCGGCGCCUCCAGCGGGACGGAGCCGGGGACGGAGGAACGGACGCCCCGCAGCGCCAGGGCCCCGCUGGUGAAGAAUGCGGACUAUUACAAACAGGAGAUCCGCUUCUGUCGUGCAGCCGUGAGCAGGACCCGGGUCAAGUCUUCCAUCUGCCUAGAAGGGUACAUCAAGUUCAACGAGCAGUACAUGCCCCACGACCCCAUCAUGUCCGGCUGCCUGCCCAGCAACCCCUGGAUCACGGACGACCCCACCUACUGGGCCAUGAAUGCCCCCACGGUCCAAGUGCCCACCAAACUGCGGGUGGAGCGCUGGAGUUUUGGCUUCAGGGAACUGCUGAGUGACAUCCUGGGCCGGGCGCAGCUCCUGGCCUUCCUCCAGAAAGAGUUCAGUGCCGAGAACCUGAGCUUCUGGGAGGCCUGUGAGGAGCUGCGUCAUGGGGAACAAACACGCAUCGCAGAGAUGGUGGACACCAUUUACCAGCAGUUCUUGGCACCAAGUGCCACCCGCUGGGUCAACAUUGACAGCAAGACGAUGGAGCGCACGUUGGAGGGCAUCAAGAUCCCCCACCGCUACGUGAUGGACGAUGCCCAAAUGCACAUCUACAUGCUUAUGAAAAAGGACUCCUACCCCCGCUUCCUGAAGUCUGAGGCCUACAAGAACCUGCUGGCUGAGGCCCUGAUCCCCCCAGAGACCAAGAAGCGGGUGUUUCCUUUCAUGUGGAAGCCGCGCCACUCCAGCCCCAGCCCGGCCCUCCUGCUUCCCGGGGAACCCGAGGUGAAGGCUGAAGAGAGAAGCAGAGCCGGCCUGGAGCCUCCGCCAGCGUGA